GCCCCAGUAGAGGCCAUGUCUGCCUGAGGCCGGCGGUAACUUGAUUAAUCCAGUGAAGGGAAACCCGGACGGGACGAAGGCCGAGCAGCUCUCACAGAGAUGGAGACCUUGGUCUUUCUGUUUUCACUGUCGGCUCUCGGCGUUCUUUACGCCAUGAACUCCAUUCCCGAGUUUCAAGAGCCUUACGUGAUCCUGGGGAUCGGCGCCGCCGUGCUGGUGGUGGUGUUUCUAUUCUACUUCCUCAUCACUCGUGCCAACCGACCCAAAGACGCCCUAUUCUUCGUUUUUGCCGUGUUCUCCUUUACUUGUGUCAUCGACCUGACAAGUGCCUUGGAAUAUGACGGCAUUAUCUCUGGCUUCAUGGAAUUCUACCGGAAGACGGGGGAGCCUUACCUGGGAACAGCCUACGCCAUCAUGAUGUGUUACUGGGAUGGAAUCGCACACUUUAUUAUGUAUCUGAUGAUGAUCGGCAGGAUAACAGACAGGAAGGGCUACCGUACCAUGGGCUUGUUCUGGGCCGGCUCUUUGUGCGCCAACAUGAGCGUGUUCAUCUCCGGCAUAGUGGCAGGUAAAUAUGGGUCCGAGAUCCGUCCAGUCUUCUGGCUCAACUUUGUCUUCCUUCUGGUGCCCGUGUGGGCGGCCAUCACGCUUUUCACUCGGCCCAAGGACAGACCGCUGAUCGGGGGGUACAACGCCCAGCAAGCCCAGAGCAUGAAGCUGAUCUGGCGUCCUGUGGAUCUGAUCCUGGUGCUGCUCCUCUUAGCUGCCAUGGCCUUCACUACCCUCAGAGGCUUGGCGGCUCUGGACUCUCCGCUGGAAGCCUGUUCCGUCUACCUGAGACACUACGAACCCUACCUGAAGGAUCCUGUGGGCUACCCCAGAGUGAUGAUGCUGCACUUGUUCUUCUACGGACUCCCUCUGAUGGGUGCAUUCGUUUACGGCCUCCUCAAGCCCGGCUGCUCGUGGAUGUCGGACUGGACCGUGUUCCUGGCCGGAGCCGUGAUCCAGUGCCAGUGGGCCCACGUCGGGGGGGCCCUCCACCCCGGCACCGCGGCUCCAUUCCGCGUCCCCGCCGACGCUCUGUGGUCGGUGGCGGCGGCCAACCUGCUCUACGCGGCCGUUCCCGCCCUGGUGGCCGCGCGGGUUCACAGCAACCCGUAUUUCUUCCUGAAGAUCGCCCCGUUCCCCGGGCAGACGGGUCUGCCCAACAGCGAGGAGAAAGAUACCAAGUACAAAGACAAAUAGCCCGGCAGAACCUAGGCUUUGACUCGCCGAGGGGAGCUGUUUUUAUUUCAAAUGUCACACAAUACACGACUGUCUGGCUCCACGUC